AUGAGUUUGUGCAUUGAUAUCGAGAAAUUCCCCAACAUGACUGCGGUGUUGAAAGAAGUAGAAAGGCAACGAAACUUGAGGAUUUUCUCGGCAAUAGCUCCCGAUCAAACUAACAUUCACAAACCGCUGACGAAAACGAUGUCUACGUCCAGACCGGAGGCACUUAACAAGCACAAAAAUGCUAAACGCCAGGCCAGUGAUCCGAGCAACAGUAGGCGUAACCGUCUUUCAAGCACUCCCUGUUCAACCAUCGAUCACUGGAAACCAAAGUUUGAUGGCCGCCUCACGGCUGCUGCUAAGAAACUGAGCGAAGAGGAGCUUCGUUUGCUGGAAGAAGACAUUCUUAAGCCAGUGGACGUUUUUUUCGUUUUACGCCAGAUACGAGAGGAGACUGUGAGUAGUGACCAGUUAUUUCAGUAA